AUGUCGUCGCUCCGACGAUCUUACCUCUCGCGGAGGAUCAUCCACCGUUCCUUCGCACUCUCGUCGAAGUCCCUCAAGGAGCUCGAGUCCGUCGCCGGCGACGGUGAUAUUCAGCCGGCGGAGGAGAACGGCGAUCAGCAGCCAUGCGGCGGAUCCGGCGGUUCGUGGGCGGGGAUGCUUCCGGAUCUUCUCGGAGAUAUCAUACAGAGGGUCGAAUCGAGCGAGGAAAUAUGGCCGCAGCGGCGGAGCGUAGUCGCCUGCGGCUGCGUCUGCCGUGGGUGGAGGGACGCCACCGCGGAUGCGGUGGAGAGGGCUUCCGUCCGCCAUCCGGGGAAGAUCACCUUCCCUUCUUCUCUGAAAAAGCCCGGGCCUAGAGAAUCUCCAAUUCAAUGUCUUAUCAAACGUGACAAGAAGAAUGCCACAUUUUACCUCUAUCUUGGACUGACACCAUCAAGCAAAGCCUAUGUUGGGAAAUUGAGGUCAGAUUUCCUCGGAACAAAUUUCACGAUAUACGACAGCCAGCCACCACACAGCGGAGCAAAGCCGUCUAGCAGUAAGUCAGAUCGCCGUGUUGCCAGCAAGCAGAUAAGUCCCCAAGUCCCAGCUAGCAACUUCGAAAUCGGGCAAGUUUCGUACAAAUUUAACCUCUUGAAAUCGAGAGGCCCCAGAAGAAUGGUUUGCUCAGUUUCUUGCCCGUUUUUUCCAGAGAAAGCAUCAUCAUCAACAACUCAUAAAGAUCCCGAUUAUUAUUGUUAUUCCAAAAUGAAAAAACCAGAAACUACUGUUCUGAAAAACAAAGCUCCGAGAUGGCACGAAAACUUACAAUGCUGGUGCUUGAACUUCCAUGGCAGAGUAACAGUUGCAUCUGUAAAGAAUUUUCAACUUGUUGCGACAGUUGACCAAAGUCAACCAAACGGGAUAGGUGAUGAAGACACUGUGCGGCUACAGUUUGGGAAAGUGGGAGAUGAUACUUUCACGAUGGAUUACAGCGAGCCUUUGUCGGCCUUCCUGGCUUUUGCUAUUUGCCUGACGAGUUUCGGAACAAAACUGGCGUGUGAGUGA